AUGUCGUCAAUGUUAGGCACAUCUGAUCCUGGCACUAAUAAAAGUAAUAGUGACGAGGUUAAACCAUUGCAGUCGUCAACCUCCGCCAAUUAUUUAUCGCCUGCAUCGCUUGAUAACGGAUUCUCUUUAACUGGGCCUUCUAGGUUUACACCUGACUUAUUUUCGAAGAAGGGUAGUGCACCUCCAGUAAUUGGUAGCAUCGAAUUGACUCCAUCCGACGAUAAGUUGAUGGCUACACCCGAGGCCCUAGCCAGCGCGAAUGGAGAUAUGGGGUCUCAGAAGACUGCAGGUAGUGUUUCUUCUACUGUUACCGACGGUGAAGGUAAAGUGGUGAAGAGGAAAUAUUCUAGGAAUGGAUGUACCGAGUGUAAGAGAAGAAGGAUGAAGUGUGAUGAAACCAAACCCACAUGCUGGCAAUGUGCAAGGUUAAAUCGUGAAUGUGUCUACAUUCUGAAUGCAAAGAAUAAAAAAAGAAAGCCAAGAGAAGCUAGAAUUAAGUCUACCGAUCGUAAUAAUAAAAAAGGCUUGGCGAAGACUAAUGGUUCCAUACCGCCUGCUGCUGUGGCAGUGGCUGCUGCUGCUGCCGCUGACGCGAAUACCAACAAAUUGGAAAAAGAUAUGAUCAACAACAUGCAGGUGUUGGAGCUUCCGAAUGUGAUUAGUGCCAGUAACAUGGAUGGAUACGAUGCGAACUUGUUGAUUCAAAAUUUGAACGAUAUGGUCAGUAUGAAGUUGAAUGAUUCCUUUUCUUUAAAUGAAGGCUUGAAAGAUUUCCAUUUACCUGAUCUCGAUAUUCCAGAAUUGAUGCCUCAGUCUAAGGCUUCUGAGAAUAGUGUACCAAUUUCAUUUUUAGUGAACAACGUGAUUACUUUUAACACAAGGUUGAGUUCUUUUCAAUUAGGUGGAGUUCAUGACAAAUACCUAGAAGUUUUUUUUUAUGAUUGUUUGGAUUCCAUAGCACCGUUUUUUCAAAAUCAAGGAAAUCCUCUAAGGGAUAUUAUACUUUCAUUUGCCCGUAACGAGUCUUAUUUGUUAUCAGCUACACUUGCUGUGGGGGCCUCUAUAGCUCACAGGAAUUCAAAUAAAUUAGAGGAUGAGAGAAACUACUGUGCGUAUUUAUCGCACUGUUUAAGUCUUUUGGGGGAACAAUUUCAAAAUGAGUCUAACGUGAUGCAUAAGAUUGAACCAAUAACAUUGACAGUUAUUAUGUUGGCGUGGGAUUGUAUUAACGCAAUGAAUUCACAGUGGAGAUCACACUUGAAAGGUGUUACUGAUCUUUUUAAAAAAAUUAAUUCGGGGAAUUCUUCUAAAGUCAUGAAUGUUGCCAAAUGUUGGUUUAAAGUGAUGGAAACAUUUGCUAGUAUAAGUACAGUGCUUGGGGGAUCGCUAACUGAUGAGCAAGAUAUGGAUUUGAUUUUUAACCCGCAAGAUUUCCAAUACAUUGACUCUUUGAAAUUUCUAAAUAUUAUGACGCCGCUAAAUGAAUUUAACUUAUUAAGGGGUCACAAAGAAGAUUUUGAUCUUGUAAUCAAAGAAGUGAUUAAAGCCUUGAAUGCAAUCAGAGAUCAGGAAAAAGAACAUUUUGUUGGUGAAGAAGAGAUCUUCCCCAAAAAUUUGGAUUACCUACAAUGGACACCGGAAGCCGAUACUAAGCAAACACUCUCUUAUUUUAAUACACAAAAGAUUUUGGUGGAAAUUGACAAACAGUUAGAAUAUGAAUUCAUUGAUAAAUCCGGUAUUAUACCGCCGGAGAGUCAAUCACAUCCUGAUAAUAGUCACAUUGACGAUAAUGCCAUUGAUGUAGUAGUUUUGAGAAGUGGUGAAAGAAUUGCUAUCAGUUGGUAUGAUAUUUCACAUCAAACACAAGUCCUUUCCGUCUUACUGACGGUUUUACUGAAACUCUUGGGUAUACCGAAGGAAUCAAUAACCAUCCAACAGGUGGUCAAGAAGAUAAUGUCUUUUUUCAAAUUCUUAGAUAGUGAUGAAGCACCGCAGAAUUCAAGAACUUGUUACAGUAAUUUUGCAGUCCUCAUUGCGGGUUUCAAUGCUUUGGAUGAGCCCACCAGAGAUCUGGUGAGAGCUUACUAUAAAUUGAACGGUGGUCGUUUCCGCAAACUAACGGAACACAAUCUCAAUAGGUUGAGAAAAGUUUGGUACGGCAAUGAUGGGGGCAAUUAUAGACUUGUCGACGAGGACGUUUUAACCUGGUAA